AUGGAAAAUUGUGCAGACAUCAUAGAGUUCACUACGCAAUGUAGAGAUCUAUUCGUAGCAAAGUUCAUGCCGCUGUGUCAGUACCCAGCACCAACGAGAAACCUAUUAGAUUCCACUGAUGCAACGGAGAAGACCAAGUCAGUACCCAAUAACUUAAGAGAUUCUGAGAAACAUACGACUAAGCGCAUCAAGGAACCUGAGCAAUUCAAUAGGAUCAUUAUUGACAGACUCAUGCCCUACCCAGUAGACUAUCUGUUGGAGAAGUUUCUCAAUGACAUGCAGAACAAGAAGCUGAACGUCGAAGUGCGCACAGAGCGUGCGCAUAAGACAAUGGUGAUGUUAGAGGAGAGUUACCGCAACUCAGACACGGAACCCAUACACUUCCAACUCCUCAGAGUACUAAGGUACCAAUCACUUAUGUACUACGGACAACAAACACAGGUGGAGCUCUAA